AUGGAAGACUACAGAACGGUAAUUGGAUUGCUGACAAAAGGUGCAUUUUGUGCAACAAUAGACUUAAAAGAGGCUUAUCUUUUAGUACCAAUUGACAACAGUCAAAGACAGUUUUUAAGAUUUAUUUAUAAUAAUAAGUAUUAUGAAUUUAAUGCACUACCCUAUGGCCUAUGCUCAGCACCAUGUGUCUUUACAAAAAUAAUGAAAGUGGUGGUCACACAUCUGCGCUCAAGGGGGCUUAAUUCUGUAAUAUAUUUGGACGAUAUACUUUGUAUUGGGUCAAAUUAUAUUAGCUGCCUCAAAAAUGUCCAAGAAACAACAAAACUCUUGGAAUGUCUAGGACUUAUUAUUAAUAAAGAAAAAAGUGCUUUAGAGCCCAAACAAAAAUUCAAAUAUCUUGGAUUCCAAUUUAAUUCCACUAACAUGACCAUCUCUCUACCAAACGAUAAAAGGGUUAUUGUAUCAACACUUGUUAGUAAAUUUAUAAAAAUUAAACACUGUACUAUUAGAGAGCUAUCAAAAUUGAUAGGAACUUUAACAGCAGUCUGCCCAGCAAUAGAAUAUGGAUGGUUAUAUACAAAAAUUCUGGAACGCCAAAAAUAUCUAACCUUAAUACAAAACAAUAGUAAUUAUGAUGCUACAAUAACCCUCCCAUCCAUAAUUAAAGAAGACCUUAGCUGGUGGUCAUUAAAAAUAAGUAAUACAUGUAAACACAUUAGGAAAAAUCAGUACACAAAAGAAAUCUAUACAGAUGCAAGUAGAACAGGCUGGGGCUGUGUAUGUGGCAAAGAAAAAGUCAAUGGACUAUGGAAAAUAAGUGAACAAGAGUAUCAUAUUAAUUACUUAGAAUUAAAAGCAGUCUUUCUUGGUUUAAAAUUAUUUGCAAAAUACGAGAAAAAUUGUGAGAUUUUAUUGAGAGUAGAUAAUACAACUGCAAUAUCUUAUGUCAAUAGGAUGGGAGGCAUACAAUUCCCACACCUUAACCAACUAGCCAGAAAUAUUUGGCAAUGGUGUGAAGAACGGCAUAUAAAACUUACAGCAUCAUACAUAAGUUCUAAAGAAAACACAGAAGCAGAUUUUGAAUCAAGAAAGACCAAUAUUGAUACCGAAUGGGAAUUAUGUGAAAAAGCAUACAAUAUAAUAACUAAGGAGCUAGGAAUGCCAGAAAUAGAUUUAUUUGCAUCUAGACAAAACGCUAAGUGCAGUAAAUAUAUAUCAUGGAAACAAGACCCAGAGGCAUUAAAUAUAGAUGCCUUUACCAUCAACUGGGGAAACCUGUACUUUUAUGCAUUCCCACCCUUUAGCCUUAUAUUGAAAUGCUUACAAAAAAUAAAGAAUGAUAAGGCCAUAGGAAUAGUUGUUAUCCCCUGGUGGCCUUCACAACCCUGGUUCCCACUCGCCCAAAUUUUACUAAUAUCUGACUGGAUAAUAUUCAAACCACACAAAAAGUUAUUACUUUCUCCUUUCAGGAUUACUCACCCACUGUAUCAACAACUUACAUUGGUUGCAGGGAAACUCUCCGGCAAGCACUAA